AUGAAAGUAGACCACGCCCAUCUCCACUCCACGCUCUCAGAGUGCUCUCUCUUCUUCUCGUGCGUCUCUGUCACGCUCUCACAGGCUCUCACAGGUAACUACCACGCCCAUCUCUACUCCACGCUCUCACAGGUAAGUCCACCACGCCCAUCCCUGCUCUACGCUCUCACAGCUUAUCCCACUUGUGUCGCCAACUGCGCGGGACAGGCGGAUGGUCAAUAUCCAUCGUGCGCGUCAUGUGACAUCUACCUAAUCUGUGUGCUGGGAAACACCUUCACCGUGAGCUGCCCCACGUCCCUCGUCUACGACGCCGACCUCGGUGUGUGUAACUACGCCUCGCAAGCCAGAUGUGGGUGGUCUUUCUACAAACUAGAGCGCCACAAGUCCAACAAGCGCCACGAGUCCUACAAGCGCCACAAGUCCAACAAGCGCCACAAGUCCAACAAGCGCCACGAGUCCUACAAGCCGUACGGGAUCCACGGGUCCAACCAGUGCCACAAGUCAGACAUCAGCAACAUCACCUUCGCCAGCAACAUCACCCACGUCACCUACAUCAUCAGCUACAUCACCAACGUCCCCGACAUCACCAACGUCACCUACAUCAGCGACAUCACCGACAUCACCAACGUCAGCAACAUCGCCUACGACAACUGUUCCUAUCUGUGUGACAUCGUGUCAACAUCACCAACGUCACCUACAUCGCCAACGUCACCGACAUCACCAACGUCACCUACAUCAGCGACAUCACCAACAUCACCAACGUCACCGACAUCACCAACGUCAGCAACAUCGCCUACGACAACUGUUCCUAUCUGUGUGACAUCGUGUGUAGGGCUGAGUGACGGCAACUAUCAGUCAUGUUCGGGCUGCACCGUCUAUGCCACGUGUAUCGGGGAGCGGAUCAUUGACAACAGACCCUGCCCAGGAGGCCUUGCCUGGGACGACACUAUCAAGAGCUGUACCUCCACAUCGUCCUCUUGGUAAGAAACACUAUUCGCCAAAUUGUUUUAAAUCAUUUUGUCUGUUGUACACGAUUAAGUUGAUGGGAAUGCCGUGCUUUAAAACGUACCUCUAUCAACUGUUUGUUUGGCUAUUUUAGUAAACAGAAAAAUGUUGUAAAUCAUAUCGAACAAAUCUACAUUAACAUAUUACAGAAAUCGGCAUGCCACUCUCAAUAGUUAGACCUAUAUAUUAUCUGAAAUGUACAAUUCAGCAAAUACUAUCAACAUUAAGACAGGUAUGCAGUGA